UGUCCUAUUACAGUAUAACUUAAGCUAGCUAUUAAUUUAGGCAGUUCAAAAUGGCUUUAAAUAACAUGGAUGAUAAGCUUUUGGGUGAAAAAGUGGAUUACUAUUGUAGUUCAUCAGAAGACGAAGGAAAUUCAGCAUCUGGUGAUGAAGGUUCGAGUGAUGCACAAGAAUCGAUAAGAUCGAGCACUAAAGCACCAACGUUCAUUCCUGAGUCAAGAUUCGAUGGCAAAGCAACUCAGACAGGGCCUAAAGGGGUGAUAGAAGAUUGGAGAAGAUAUAAACAACUAGAGACUGAAAAGAGAGAGCGAGAUAUCAUGGAAAAAGAUGAACUUUGCAGAAAACUCGCAAUGACUUGCAAGUCAUUCAAAGAAGAAGAGAAUGCUAAGAAACAGGCAGGAAAAGAUGAAUUUGAUUUAAGCGAUGAUGAAGACUUUAUGGAAUAUUAUAAAAAGAAAAGAAUAAUUGAAAUGCAAGAGAUGGUUGCGAAAAAAUGGUCAAAAAUUGUAUUUGGUGAUGUAAUCGAGCUUAACAGGGAUAACUUUGUCGAUGCCAUUGAAAAAGAAGACAAGCAUGUAACAGUUAUAAUACACAUCUUUGAUGAUGACACACCAGCUUGUGCCACUGUACAUGGAUGUAUGAGAAUUUUGGCCUCAAAAUACAAAACUGUAAAGUUUUGUCGGAUUAAUACUGGAGAGGCUAGAUUGUCAUCAAAUUUCUUGGAAAAUGGUCUUCCAACCAUUAUUGUUUACAAAGAGAACCUGGUCAUUGGGAACUUUGUAAGAAUUAGUGACACACUGGGAAAUGACUUUUAUGCGAAUGACUUGGAGACAUUUUUGUGUGAAUACGGCAUGCUACCACAUAGUCAUGAGCAUGCAGAUGUGGUUUUAUGAAAUGUUAUGCUUCUUGGAUGAAUAUAUACAUGAUUACUGCAUUUUAGAAAUUAACAGAAAUUGUCAUAAAGAACUGUUUGCAACUUUUUCUUUCUAUAAUUUCAGUCAUAGUUGAGCCAGUAUUAUUCAUCCCAUAAUGAACAGCUAGCAUAUAGCCAAUGUGUCUGACAUAAUAUGAUGCAGUAUAUAUAUUAAGAAUGUUUCACAUACACAAACAGUUCUGGCGCUAUUUUUUUUAUAACAUGCAGAACUCCCAAAAUCAAAAAAUGAUUCAAUACUGAUUGAUAUUGUUGAUGCAGUUAUGUGAAACUUCUAAUGUGCAAUAUUCAUGACCCCAAAACAAGUAUUGUAUUGUAAUGUUGAUAGAGAGCUAUUGCAGGCAUGUCUCCUAAUCAAUCGGUCUUCUUCAGUCAUUGGUUUUAUUUAUUUUAUCUUCAAUUUGUGUAAUAAAGAAUGUGUUUCAA